GAAGAAUGAAGAAGGAGGAGAAUAGGAAAAGAGACGCACAGUAGAGCAGUAAACGUUUACGGAACGGGUUAUGUAGGUGUAUUUAUUUAUUAUUAACGAGAAAUAUAUAAAAUUAUACAGUGACAAUUAUGUCGAAUAAACGUGAACACGAAGGAAGUGAUGCGGAGGAUGAGUGGAUCGGACCAUUGCCUUCGGAAGCUGCACCGCAAAAGAAACAACGAGUAUUGGAGUACGAAAAGGUAUACAUAGACAAUUUACCAUGUUGCGAGUGUUACGAGAAGUCUUACAUGCACAGGGACGUGAUAACUCACAUUUUAGUGACAAAAUCAAACUUUGUGAUAACCGCCAGUUGUGACGGACACGUAAAAUUUUGGAAAAAGCAGGAGGAGUUAAUUGAGUUCGUGAAGCAUUUUCGUGCUCACUUAAUGACGAUACAGUCAAUGUCCGCUAGUUGCAAUGGCGUUCACAUGUGCUCAGUCAGCGUAGAUAAAACUAUGAAGAUAUUUGACGUUAUUAAUUUUGAUAUGAUAAAUAUGAUUAAAUUGGACUAUGUCCCACUCUGUGCUGAAUGGGUAUAUUCGGCUGGUGACGCUAUACCUGCCGUGGCAGUGUCCUCGCAGGAAUCCAGUAAGAUAUACAUUUACGACGGUCAAGGAACGAAUAUGCCGUUGCAUGUAUUUGAAAAAUUACACACUAAACCUGUCGUCAUCAUGAAGUACAAUCCGGUGUACGAGACAUGCAUCUCCGUCGACAAAGCGGGAAUACUGGAAUACUGGACCGGUCCGAAAUUGGAGUACAAGUUUCCCAAGUCCAUAUCGUUCGAAUCGAAGUUGGAUACCGACCUGUUUGAAUUUGCGAAAAAUAAAACCUAUCCGUGCGGCUUGGCGAUAUCGCCCGAUGGCAAACGAUUCGCGUCCCUCAGUGGAGAUCGGAAAGUCAGGGUUUUUAACUUCCGCACGGGUAAAUUGUAUAGGGUGUUCGACGAAACUCUCCAGAGGUUCAGCGAAUUACAGCAGACUGUGCAGCAACUGCCGAACAUGGAAUUUGGGCGCAGAAUGGCAGUCGAGAGAGAGCUGGACAAAACUGAAACGAAUCUGGGAAAUAUAAUUUUUGACGAGUCUGGUUACAUUAUCUUAUAUCCUACCAUGCUGGGGAUCAAAAUAGUGAACCUUUACACAAAUCGUUGCAUCAAGAUCAUGGGAAAACCAGAGAAUAUUCGGCCGAUGCAGCUAGCACUGUUCCAGGGAAAAGCGAGAAAGACAACCGCGGCGGUAACUUUCGAGAUGGAGGCAUCGGAGAAUCCGACGAUGGAGAUGAACCGGCCCGACCCGACGUUGUUCUGCACCGCUCACAAGAAGAAUCGGUUUUACAUGUUCACACGGCGAGAGCCGGAGGACACGAAGAGCCAGGAGUGCGACCGCGAUGUCUUCAACGAGAAGCCGUCGAAGGAAGAUAUCAUCUCGUCCACGGAGGCGACGAACAUGCAGAAGAUAUACGACACAGCGAUCAUCCACACGGCGCUCGGCGACGUCCACGUGAACCUCUUCGGCAAGGACGUCCCCAAAACGGUGGAGAACUUUUGCGUGCACGCGAAGAACGGCUUCUUCAACGGCCACAUAUUUCACAGGGUUAUCAAAGGCUUCAUGAUACAGACGGGCGAUCCGACUGGAACCGGUACCGGUGGCGAGAGCAUUUGGGGUGGCGAGUUUGAGGACGAGUUCAAGCCGAACUUGAGGCACGACCGACCGUACACCCUGAGUAUGGCUAAUGCCGGACCGAACACGAACGGCAGCCAGUUCUUUAUUACCUUGACGCCGACGCCCUGGUUAGAUAAUAAGCAUACAGUGUUCGGCCGAGUCCACAAGGGUAUGGAAGUCGUACAGAACAUCAGUCAGGUGAAGACGAAUCCCAAGACUGACAAGCCUUACGAUGAUAUACGGAUAGUUAGCGUGACAGUAAAGUAAUUUUAUAAAAUAAAAGCGUUUAUAUAUAAAA